AUGGCAGUUUCGGCUCCGACAACAGUUCCCGGUCCUGAAACAGGGAAGAAGAAGAAGUCGAAGAAGAAGAAGGGAAAGGCGUCGGAAAAAGUUGAGAACACGGGAGAAUCGGUACCCACCGCCCCCGCGCACUCGUCCGUUCCCGCUGCCAAGUCUCAAACGAAUACACCACCGUGGCAUAUUGAGGCGGCUGCUCUGGCGGACAUCUAUUGGAAGAGGGAUCGUUCCAGAAAAUCGGGACACGAGCCGACCUAUGAAGAGAUGGAAUCGUGGCGCACAGAAGGCCGUGAGGCCAUACUAAACAGAUGGCGCGAAGAACUCGCUGGCGCUCGCUAUGGAAGAUGGACACUAGAUGCUAUCAUGCCAGUGUUCAAAGAAUGGACUGAAAGGCGGUGGGGGACUCUGUCCUACCAUCUGACGCAAGGGCUCACCGGGCACGGAUGCUUCGGCUCCUAUCUUCACAAGAUUGCCCGCAGAGAGCCCACCCCCACCUGCCAUCACUGCGGAUGUGUCAACGACACACCACAGCACACCCUAUUCGACUGCCCGGCGUGGAAUGACCAUAGGGAUACCAUGCUGCGGCUUACCGGACUUGACAAUCACGGAAGUGGCGCCCUCAAUUUGACCCUAUUCGUCAGGAGCAUCCUCUCUGAUGAAGCGAAAUGGCAGGCUAUCCAGGUAUUCUGUCAGUUUGUUUUAGGUUCAAAAGAAGAGGCAGAGCGGGCUCGGGAAAUAGAUCCUGGGGCCCCUCAGAUGAGAAGAAGAAGAACAGGCAGGCGCAGGCGCGACUUCGUGCGUGCUCCGUAA